UUGCCAUUCUAACGCAAAGCCAACAUGAAUCAGCCAGAGGAACCGGAGCUUGUGUCUGCCUUCCCGGCGCCGCCUGCCUUCGUGAGUCUGUACGCGGACGGCCCAGAUGCAGGCCCUCCACCUCCACCUCCCCUCAAACCAACGUACCAUUCGUUUGGGACGCCGUACAGCACGGAAGAUGCGGUGCCGGACCUCAUCCCGGACGACAAGAAGCUAUACGCCACGGACCACAACGUGAAAGACGAGAUGAAGAAAGUGAACCGAUCUCUCAUGUACAGCUUCCUCGAGUUGGUGGACGUGCUCAUUCUGAAUCCCACCAAGUUCAACGCCAAGUUGGACGACAUCGAACAACUCUUCCUCAACAUGCACAAUCUGAUCAACGCAUACCGUCCCCAUCAGGCGCGAGAAACUCUCAUCGACUUGCUCAAGCAACAGAUCCAGGAACGGAAGGAUGCCACAGCCGAGAUUCGACAAGUCGUGUCCAAGGCAAGGGAAGCCGUGCUAACUGCGCAUACCGCGUUGGACACUUCGUUCGAUCAAGCAGCCAAAGGGGAUGAUGUCGUCGAUGGGAAUGCAGACACCCCCGCAUCCGUCGCAUCUAUCGGUGGCAGUUCCAGCGACAUCCCAGCGGACGAAGUGGCCGAUUUGGCCGCCGCCGCCGCCCUGGAGGAAGCGAGACAACGCAUCCAAGACGACCAGGAUCAGUUUUUUGCCACGUGUCAAGCGAUUGUGGAUGCCAUGGCAGGGUCGCAAUCAAUUUAGCCAACAAUGCUCAUAGUAAUUACUGCUAUGUAGUAAUACUAGUCUAUAGUAUGAAACAAUAAUGAAAAUAAAAAAACAAUAUUAAAAUGUCACA